UGGAGCUUGUGAACGUGGGAACGUUUUGCCGCUGGGUUGCUGCUGGAGUAGAACAUUGUUUGACAGGGAGGCGACCUGUGCACAGGGAUAGAAGACAGAAGUUAGUUUGCGGUGUGUCUGGCAGUUUGCGAGUCAACGGGGAGGCAGAGCCGAGAGCUUCAAAUGAUUUGUAGGAGUCUAAGCAACAGGGCACAGAGAGAAAUGUCAGGGACUGCUUCAGCCUUGAGCAAAGGGAAGCGCUACUAGUACACCGCAACGCGGAAAAUAUUCAGGGGGAGAGAAUGCGAAUGGUGCGAAGAUACCGAAAUCAAACAAAAUGGAAACGAUGUAGCGACGCUGCGGCAUUUCAUAUAGCUAGAACUAACGUUAGAGUAGAGAAUAGAUAGCCGAGGAGCUAGCAGGUGAACUAACAUACAUGUAAAGUUAUUCCCCGGAGAAGCUGAGCCCGGAGGCGUCUGUUGUAUCAGAAGAGUUCAUCAGAUAUCAGAGAAGACACACACAGGAAGAUGCUACGGAGAAGACUGAACCGAUGGCUUGGCCGCGAUGAAAGAAGAGUGGACAGUAGGAGUAUCUGCGUUGGUCAUCGGUCCUCUUCCAACAAUGAGGCUUUCAUUCCACCCAAGUUCUGCGAUAACAGGAUUGUGUCCUCCAAGUAUACCGUUUGGAACUUCCUACCAAAGAACCUGUUUGAACAGUUUAGAAGAAUUGCCAAUUUCUACUUCCUCAUCAUCUUCCUGGUGCAGGUGAUAGUGGACACCCCUACCAGCCCAGUCACCAGUGGCCUACCCUUAUUUUUUGUGAUUACAGUAACGGCUAUCAAGCAGGGCUACGAGGACUGGUUACGGCACAAGGCUGACAAUGAGGUGAAUAAGUACCCAGUGACAGUGCUAGAGCAAGGCCGGAGGGUACGGAAGGAGAGUGAGAAGAUCAAGGUUGGAGAUGUUUUGGAGGUGGAUGAAGACGAGACCUUUCCCUGUGAUUUAAUACUGCUGCAGUCUAGUCGAGAUGAUGACACAUGUUUUGUUACCACAGCAAGUCUGGAUGGAGAGUCCAACCAUAAAACACACUACACAGUGCCAGACACGGAGAAAGAUCUGGAAUCUCUCAACGCCACCAUCGAGUGUGAACAGCCACAGCCUGACCUUUACAAGUUCGUCGGCCGUAUGCACAUCUACAAAACGGAUCAGGAGCCUGCAAUGAGGUCUUUGGGCCCAGAAAACCUCCUCCUGAAAGGGUCAACUUUAAAAAACACUCAAACAAUAUGUGGUGUUGCAAUUUACACUGGCAUGGAGACAAAGAUGGCUCUCAACUACCAGGGCAAGUCUCAGAAACGCUCGGCUGUGGAGAAGUCCAUCAAUGCCUUCCUUCUGGUUUACCUUUGCAUAUUGGUGAGCAAGGCCCUAGUGUGCACUACACUUAAGUAUGUGUGGCAGAACAAGCCCGGACAGGACGAGCCUUGGUACAACGAGAAAACCCAGAGAGAGAAAGACACCAAUCUGUACCUAAAGAUGUUCACUGACUUCCUGUCCUUCAUGGUGCUCUUCAACUUCAUUAUCCCGGUGUCCAUGUAUGUGACGGUUGAGAUGCAAAAGUUUUUGGGAUCCUUUUUCAUCACAUGGGACAAGGACUUCUUUGACCCUGAAAUAAAAGAGGGUGCCUUGGUCAACACUUCAGACCUUAAUGAGGAGCUUGGACAGGUGGAGUAUGUCUUCACUGACAAGACGGGCACUCUCACUCAGAACAACAUGGAGUUCAUAGAGUGCUGCAUCGAUGGCUUCCAGUACAAGUACCAGGACGCAGGCACGGACUUGGACGAAUUCUGUGUCACAGAUGGACCUGUAAACAAAGUGCAGCACAAAGCUGGCAGGGAGAAGGAAGAGCUGUUUCUGCGUGCCCUGUGUCUGUGCCACACAGUCCAGGUGAAGGAGUCUCCACAGCAGGGUCAGGGCCAAAGGGACGGACUGAUGGACCGGGUGGAUGGCUUAGGGACGGAUGGAGAGGGGCUCCAUCCACCCCCACAGGAGCAGAGAGGCUUUAUCGCCUCCUCACCUGAUGAAGUGGCUCUGGUCAAGGGUGCCAUGAGGUACGGCUUCACAUUUCUGGGUUUUGAAAGUAAAACCAUGAAAAUUCUCACUAGGGACAAUGAUGUUGAAAGGUAUGAACUGCUUCACGUGUUGAACUUUGACCCAGUGAGAAGGCGAAUGAGUGUUAUAGUCAGAUCCAAAUCAGGUGAUACACUGCUUUUCUGUAAGGGAGCGGACUCAUCCAUCUUCCCUCGCGUCAGACAGGAAGAGGUCGAAAGGAUACGCAUGAAUGUUGAGCGUAAUGCAACAGAGGGCUACCGGACACUGUGUGUGGCCUACAAAUAUCUCAAUGCAGAGGAGUACGCCCAGGCAGACGCAGGCCUGAGGGAAGCUAGGCUGGCUCUGCAGGACAGAGAGGAGAAGCUCAUGGCUGUUUACAACCAAGUGGAGACCGGCAUGAGUCUGAUAGGAGCAACUGCUGUGGAAGACCGGCUACAAGAGGAGGCAGCAGAGACCAUGGAGGCUCUCCAGGGUGCAGGCAUGAAGGUUUGGGUGCUAACGGGGGAUAAGAUGGAGACAGCAAAGUCCACCUGUUAUGCUUGUAGAUUGUUCCAGAGAAACACAGAACUGUUGGAGCUGACUGUGCGUACUUUAGAAGAUGGAGGCAGGAGGCGUGAGGAGCGACUGCAUGAGCUCUUGGUUGAAUAUCACAAGAAAGCCGUACAGGAUGCACCACCAGUUAAGGCAGGCGUCACCAGGGCCUGGUCUUCAGCAAACCAUGACUACGGCUUUAUCAUAGAUGGAGCCACUCUGUCCAUGGUGCUCAACUCCUCCUCUGAAUCCAACUCAAGUCGCUACAAGAACCUGUUCCUGCAGAUCUGUCAGAACUGCACAUCUGUGCUCUGCUGCCGCAUGGCCCCUCUCCAGAAGGCACAGAUAGUUAAAAUGGUGAAAAACUCUAAAGGAAGUCCCAUCACCCUUUCCAUUGGAGAUGGUGCAAAUGAUGUCAGCAUGAUUUUGGAGGCUCAUGUCGGGAUUGGUAUUAAGGGUAAAGAGGGUCGACAGGCAGUGAGGAACAGUGAUUAUGCCAUCCCCAAACUCAAGCACCUCAAGAAACUUUUGUUGGCUCAUGGGCAUCUCUACUAUGUUCGCAUUGCACACUUGGUGCAAUAUUUCUUCUACAAGAACCUUUGCUUCAUCUUACCUCAGUUUUUGUACCAGUUCUUCUGUGGCUAUUCCCAGCAACCCCUGUAUGACGCAGCCUAUCUGACGAUGUACAACAUCUGCUUCACCUCUAUGCCCAUCCUGGCUUACAGCCUUUUGGAGCAGCACAUCUGCAUGGAGGUUCUGCUGGACAAUGCUACCCUCUACAGAGGGAUUGCUAAGAAUGGCAUGUUACAGUGGGGUCCUUUCUUCUACUGGACUUUACUCGGAGUCUUCCACGGCCUGCUCUUCUUCUUUGGUGUUCGAUAUUUGUUUGGUAACCCAGCACUGCAGGAUAAUGGCCAGGUCUUUGGCAACUGGUCGUAUGGAACGAUUGUCUUCACUGUCCUCGUCUUCACCGUCACACUUAAGCUCGCUCUGGACACACGGCACUGGACAUGGAUCAACCACUUUGUUAUCUGGGGCUCCCUGGCUUUCUACGUGUUUUUCAGCUUCUUCUGGGGAGGAAUAAUAUGGCCUUUCCUGAAGCAGCAGCGUUUGUACUUUGUGUUUGCCAACAUGCUGAGCUCGGUGUCAGCCUGGCUGGUCAUCAUCUUACUCAUCCUGCUCAGCCUACUGCCAGAGAUCCUGCUGGUGGUUUUCCGCAAGCCCCGCGGGCCCCACGCUGGACAGAUGAAGCCAGUUCAUUCGAGCGCCGGGGGCCACCAGUCUCCCCGGUCUUCAGCCAGGCCCCUGCUCAUGAGAACCUUUUCAGACGAGUCCAAUACUGUCAUUUAAACAGCUGUCACAGGAAGGCCUCCUACAAACAGCCAGAUUACACCUGUCACACCACUUACCUAUAAGCACCUGAAGGAUCGCCAGUGAAAGGCAGCGAGGACCGGUGGCAUCAACACCUCCAGGGUCCUGUACCGUUCAGGUCAGAGCUGGCUGCCAUCAGGCUCCAUCUAAAAAGAAGAGCAGAAGAAAAAGAAGACAUGAAUAUGGGGGAAGGGAUGAAAAGGGGUUUUGCAGUCUUUUGACUCUGAUCUGUCCUUCUCCACACAUUCCCUAUAGCUCCCAACCCCCCCCAGCGCAUGCCUGCAGAGCAGUGCCCUGCAUUAUUUGUAAUAUAUCUACUCAGAUGACAGGCAUGAUUUAGUUUCUUUCUUUUACUUUUUAAAAAUACUAGCUUACAAACGAAUGCAUACACAGCUGCCUUGUCAGUAGCUCUAUCCCACUGCUGUGUUUUAACAAGCAGUUGUAAUAAUAUCCACUCCAAGAAUGGUUCACCUGCAUGAAAGAUGGCUCAAAAGAAAGCUUCACUCCAUUGAUGUUCUGUCACUGUAUGCUGCAAAGAUUUUAAAGAAGACAUAAUGUCCUAUAUUUUGCAACGGUUACACUUUGAACGUUUAUUCCACUUUAUUGUCAUGACACUUUUUGAAGGGUAUUAUUUAAAUGGUUAUUUUCAGAAAUUACACUCGGGUCAAAAUAAUUCAUGAAGAAAAGUUACUGGCGAUUUUCCGGGUUAAAGAUGAUUAUAUAAAGAUUAUAUUGCUAUUAGUUUGUUAUAUGUGGAGUUAAUAGAGGCCAUAUUACCACUCAAUCCAAAAAGUUUGUGUGUGUAUGCAAGAUUGAGAGAUAGAUUAGAGAUGUAAAGCAAUCUAACAUUGGAGAAUGACCUUAAUCUUCAAACCUCAGAGAUAAUUUAAGACUCAAUUAAAGAUGAGAAAAUUAAUAUAUGUGCUGUAUUGUGUAUAUAUAGCUAUAGGGGUGUGUAAAAACAUCUGCUCCAAGCCAAAAAGAUGAAUGUAAUGCGAUCUGAUUCUGUCCACACCAUUGUGACCCGAAAGUGAGAAGUCGGUGUGUGUGUCUGUGUGUUACAUAAGUGCGUGUUGGAUGAGAAAAGCCAGACACCUCUGUGUGUCAUGAAAACCAGGAUUACUUGAACCUCUAGAUAUAGUUUGCUUAGACAUUUGCUGCACUAUUAAAGAAGCUGGUUCCUUCAUAGCAUAGAUGGUCACUUAGGCACAUUACAAUAUGCCCGAGGACACACACAAUAACCGCACAUUGCGCACAUGCACUAAAGCCUAAAUGAGGUAUUUAUGUUCAUCACUCAUUAUCUAGUUUGCAUGAAUUGUCCUAAGCAGGCUAAAGUUGGAGUGUAAAGAACAUCAACUCCCGACCUGCCGCGUCAACACAGUUUGUGUCACCGUGCGGCUUCACGCUCCAUUUCCUUCCUUCUGUUUUUGGUCACGUUUUCUGACUGACAGGAAGACAGAGUUGUGUUCCUUCCUCUAACUUCUUGUGUGUACUGCUUCAUACAUUCCAUUCAAACAUGCCAUCAUUUAUAAAUCACCUUUUUAGAUAUACUGUUUUCUGAAUAUAGUUUUCUGUUUUUUCCACAAACAUGUAUUGUCUAUUUGGCAUAUUUAUUGUUACCUGUACUUUUACUCACACAUGUUAUACUUUUAUUACAUAAAUCUUUUUUUUAUUGUCCAAGGGGUUAGCUUUGUGCUAGUUGAGUUUGUCUGUUUUACUGCAGCCCUGAUGUGAGUGUGCCAAUCCCUUAAUAGUCUUUGUCCGACAUGCAAAGACAGGCAGCCCCCCCCCCCCCCCAACACUCCCAGUAUCCCAGAGUCAAACUCUGAACCAAUGCCACUACUUUUACUGAUGAUACCUUUCAUUCAUCUUUUGUUUUGCUUUACAAAAUCUGUCAGUGUGAGGAUUUUAUACUUUAGUAAUAUGCUGAUUCCUGUAAACACAUAUCUCCAGUACAGUACUUUGAAGUGCUGGCCUUGUAUUCCACUCCACUGAAUGUAGCCUGACAUAUCUGAUACAGUGCAUCUGCGCAAUGGCAGUCAUACAUGCCAGAUUACAUUUAAAUUAGUGUUAAGUUAGUACUGAUGUGUUCUUAACAAAUGGACAGCGACAUUUUCUACAAAGGUCGCUUGUUUUCUGACAGGAAUAUGAAUGCUAUUCUUUACUCUGUCACAUGUCACCUCCACACUGCACUGAGCCGGAGACCCCGGAUGUAAGAGGACACGCUGAGAGGGGCUGCCUGCUUUGUUAAAAAUAUAUAAAACCUUUAAGUGACAUCAGAAAUGCUAUUUUCAGAGCUUAAAAAUAUCUUGAAAUCUAACGUUUUGCCUGUCUAAAUGAAAAGUAUAACAUGAUGGAUUGUAUUUUUAAUGCAACCUUUUUCCAGCCACUUUUGUAAGAAAAUGUAAGAAAAAAAGCAAGAGAGGCUCUGUGGUUGUGGACGCUGUCCCUGUCUGUAAAGGGCUGGAGGUGGACUUCUUCAGGCACCUCAGCAGCCCUGCGUCAUGCAGCAGGGACCCCCCCCCCCCACCUCCAGCCCUUUGGGUCUCCAGCCUCAACACUCCAAACCUCCAAGCUGAAUGUACCUCUUUGAAACUAGUAUGUUCAAAAACCUGAAGAUUUUCUGAAAUAAAGCAGAAUGUUUUGAAGAUAAA